AGUUUGAUUUCAAACGUGAAAACAUAAAGAUUUAGAUACAAAAAAUAAGAAAGUUUAAAACAUUUUUUGAAAAAUUUCAAAAUGAGAAAUGAACUUAUUGAUAGAUUCGAACGUGAUGGCUAUGUUGUUUUAGAAGACUUCUAUAGUUCAGAAGAAGUAGCAGAAAUGUUGACAGCCGGACGAAACUUAUGUUUUGAAGCACCGAAAGAGGAACGUAAAGUUUUUUCAACAACGAGUCCCGAGUCAUCACAGAACCGAGAUAAAUAUUUCAUUGAAUCUGGUGAUAAAAUUCGUUACUUCUUUGAAUCUGGAGCUGUUGGGAAAAAUAAUGAAAUACUAGUUCCCGAAGCAUUCGCUUUGAAUAAAGUUGGUCAUGCAUUAGCUAGCCUUCAUCCAAUAUUUCGAAAGUAUACUUUUGACAACAGAAUUAGAGAAAUUUGCUGGCAAUUAGGAUUUCAACGACCAGCUGUAGCUCAAAGCAUGUAUAUUUAUAAAAAUCCAGGUGUUGGAAGUGAAGUUGUUUCUCAUCAAGAUGGAACAUUUCUUUUCACUGAACCGGCGUCUACAGUCGGUUUCUGGAUAGCUUUAGAAGACGCUACUCUUGAAAAUGGGUGCCUGAAAUUCAUCAGAUCUUCACAUAAAACUGAUAUUCAUCGAAGAUACAUUAGAAAUGCUGACAAAAGCUCAAAAGAAAUUUUAAUUUAUGAUCGACCUGCACCUGUGUACCAGCUCUCUAGUUUUACAGCAGUUCCUGUUAAAAAAGGAACUUUGAUUGCAAUCCAUAGUCAAGUUGUUCAUCGCAGUGAAAAUAACAAAUCAAAAGCAUCUCGACAGGUGUAUACUUUUCAUAUGAUCGAGACUCGCCACACGAAAUAUUCAGAUGAAAAUUGGCUUCAAACAUCUGAACCUUUUCCUAUUCUUUAUGAACGAUAAGUUUAGAAUGAAUAUUAGUAAAAUAGGAGACGUUUCUAUUCAUUUGAUAAUUUUCUAUAAGUUCUUUUUAUACUUUAUACACAUAUGAAGUAGAGAUUAAAUCUUGACGAAAGUGAAUUAAAAUAAUGAAACCUUCAUAUCUAUAUAAAAUAUUCUUAUACACUAUUGACUGUUUGAAUCUUAAGCUAACAGCUUCACUAAUGAAAAGAAAACUUAAAAACCUUAGAAUGAUCUUGUAGAAAGUCUUGAGAGUUAUAAAAUAUUUUUAUAUCCUGAUGAUUGUAAAUUCUCUAAAACCAUUAACUGCGUCAAGCAUCUUUUACAACAAAAAACGACAUCAUUAUUUUUUUCAAAUGGUUUAAUUAAAAUGAAUUGCAACUGAAUCAUGAUAACUGUUCUUCCAUUUCAUUUUCACGGAGAACGUUUAAAAAAUUUUGAUGGCAAACUGUUGAAACUUGUCAAAAAAAUAAAACAAACAAUCCAUUAGCAGGACUUCUAAAGAUUUUAAAGAAGCACAGAAUCGUUUUGAGUUCCAUUAGGAAAAAAAAAACUUUAAAAAUAAGCUAAAAUUAAAUUGAUCGUUUUGAAUUUAGAUUUGUGACUGACAUAGAAAAGUCUAUGAAUGAAAAACAUGUAUAUUGAUGACGUUCUUUGUGAAUUUAAGGAAUUAUUAUUUUUAUUAUUUUUCAAAAACAAAUAUGUAUGAAACAUAAAAAAGGAGAGUUUGAAAAUCUAAAGAGAAUAUUAUUUCAUUGUACGCAUGAUCAAAUGAAAAAUAAAAAGUGAAAUGAACACUUUAUUUAUAUGGAAAACAA